ACACUUGAAGGCAGCACAGUUGACAUCGAGGGCAUGCGCAGUAGCACAGUGAGGACAAACCACUGGCAGCGCCGGAAGCUCCAGAGGACUCAACCUAGCAUUUCCUGAUUUCUGUUGUGGUGGCUAUCUUCAGAAAUACAUUUAUUUUUCACUGGUCUAGCAUCAGAUAUGGCCCGUGGGCACCAGAAGUUCCAGUCCCAGCAGAAGAAUGCCAAAAAGCAGGCAGACAUCAAGAAGAGCAAAGGCCAUGACCAGAAGGCAGCAGCUAAGGCUGCUUUAGUAUACACGUGCACGGUGUGUCGGACACAAAUGCCCGACCCGAAGACCUUUAAGCAGCACUUUGAAAGCAAACAUCCAAAGUCCCCAAUGCCCCCGGAGUUGGUCGGUGUGGAGGCGUAACAGAUUCACCCCUCUUUCAGUAAGACAGUUGGGGUUCAGGACAGGCUUUUACAAUUUGCAAUAUUUCAAAUUAUAUUCAGUUGUUCAUUAUUUUCAGUACAUCACAUUCAGUUGUUUUUCGUGCUGGGUGGUACUUGUCUGCCUGCCCAUGGUCUUUUUUUUUUGCAGAUUGGAUUUUUUAGAAAACUAUCUUCACUUACCAGAAUUUGAUCCAGGGCCAGUUCUUAAGGUAGACCUGUAUAUGUUCCAUCUUUGAUUGUAUGCAAUAUUAUCUGAUCUUUUCUUGUCCAUGGGCUCUACCACCAUUACACCAUCUCAGGGCUCCCAUUGUUUCAGGACAAGCUCUGAAUUUAGAAGAAAAUAUGAAUUGGCUCUGGCUCAGCUGAACACAGUUGUAACACUGAGAUGAUACUUGGAUCCAAAUCCAAUGUACCGUGAAACUCAUUCAUAAUGUUCUUGGAAAGACACUCAUUCAAAACCACAAAUAAUUUGUUCUUUUGAGUAGAUUCAGAUGUACUUCCAAUCUGCACUGAUUUUCCAUCCCUAGAUAAUUUCUAACAUUUCAGGACGCGUCUGUAGCUUUUGUUCAUAUAAAGAAUAUAUUAAACAUGUUGUGCUACACGGGUAAUGAAACUCUGCAUUGCAUUUCCCCCUCAGAUUUUCAUGAGAUGUAUUUAGUUCAUGUCCACUAUGUAUCUUUCUCACAUGCAACAAAGUUGUAAAAGUUGACCAGAGAGGGCACUGCAAGCCAACUCACGGCAAAUCCUUCAAUGACAUAAUUUUCUCUACUCCUCUUCUCAUAAAGCAAUGUGAUGACUGCAUAAAACAUUUAUAUCUUUCACUGUGAGAAGUGGUCUGAUGAGUGAAGAUAAGUUUGCACUGGGUGUUGUAAGUGAUAACUCUAAUGAGCUACUCCUUUUCUCCCAGUUUGUCAUUGUAAUAAGAAGUAAGUGUUAUAAUCGUGUGCACCACUAUCGUAUUUGAUGAUUCAGUUAAUCACUAUUGUAUUUUUCAGUGUAACCUGUCUUAAACUAUCAUUUCAAUGUGAAAAUUAUCCCAAGUGCACUCUCACACUAUUUAGUGUUAUCCUGUCAUGAUGGUGCAAAAGUAUUUCGCCUUUGAACCUGCAUUAUAAGUCAGAACUACAUUACACUGUAAGCUGGUUCGUAUUUUUAUAUUUGUUUCUUUUCAUAGCAUACUAACAGACAGAGAAUCCAUUUAUAGAAAGGAUCUAUUUUCAAUACAUUUGGACCAACUGGUCAUUAACCACUGACACUGUAUCACUGUGCAAAAGUCUGGACUAACAAACAGCCACGUUUUUACUUUUAUAAUAACCAUAUCUUUGUCCACACAAUGUUAAUAGCCUUUUAAUAAAUGUGUUACUUUUAUAUGAACCAUUA